CGCUUUUAACCGGCUGGGUUCACUCACCGGCGGUAAACAGUUCAGUCAACAUGGCUUCCUCCGUGAGGAGAGCAGCCCACGACAUAGAAACGCGAAAGCGGACCGAUGAUGUCCUUCUGUCGGAUGGGAUCGACUUCGGGUCCCUGCUGCUGUCUCCGGCCGUGCUGGACGGACUGUCCGCCGCAGGCUUUCAGAAGCCCUCCCCGAUCCAGCUCAAGGCCAUCCCGCUAGGCCGCUGCGGACUUGAUUUGAUUGUACAGGCCAAGUCUGGCACGGGAAAGACAUGUGUGUUCUGCACCAUCGCCCUGGACUCUCUGGUCCUGGAGAAUCCUGCGACUCAGGUUCUUGUGUUGGCUCCUACACGUGAGAUAGCAGUGCAGAUCCACUCAGUAGUGAUGGCCAUAGGCUGUGCCAUGGAAGGCCUGGAGUGCCAUGUUUUUAUUGGGGGCAGGCCUGUGAGUCAGGACAAACCCCACCUGAAGAAGUGCCAUGUAGCUGUGGGCUCACCUGGUCGUAUCAAGCAGCUUAUCGAGCUGGGCAUGUUGUCGACCGCCAGCAUCAGACUGUUUGUUCUGGAUGAGGCAGACAAGCUGCUGGAGGAGGGCAGCUUCCAGGAGCAGAUCAACUGGAUCUUCUCCUCUCUACCUGCAAACAAGCAGAUGCUUGCGCUCUCUGCCACCUACCCAGAAUCCCUUGCGAAGCACCUUACCCGCUACAUGAGAGAGCCUACCUUUGUUAGACUCAAUCCCAGUGACAUGGGCCUUAAAGGUCUGAAGCAGUAUUACAAGCUGGUGCAGUCCCAUCCGUUACCUCACAGGGUUUUCGAGGAGAAGGUGCAGCACUUACUAGAGCUGUUCAGUAAAAUCCCAUUCAACCAGGCCCUGGUGUUCUCCAACCUACACACAAGGGCUCAACACCUGGCAGACAUCCUGUCCUCCAAAGGCUUACCUGCUGUUUGUAUCUCAGGUGGUCUGACUCAGGACCAGAGGCUGGAGGCGAUGUCAAAACUGAAGCAGUACCAGUGCAGGGUGCUCAUCUCCACUGACUUGACUUCCAGAGGUAUAGAUGCAGAGAAAGUCAACUUGGUGAUAAACCUGGACGUGCCGCAGGACUGGGAAACCUACAUGCACAGAAUCGGACGGGCAGGACGCUUCGGCACUCAGGGGCUGGCUGUGACCUACUGUUGCCAUGGUGAGGAGGAGAACAAGAUGAUGGCCAUUGCUCAAAAGUGCGGCUUGAGUUUAUCCGCAUUGCCAUCCACCAUAGAGCCUGGGUUGAUGGACGAGCCAUGUGACUGGGAUGUCUGCAUUGAGGCCUCCACUCCAAGCUCCUUAUCAAAGCUUGUCUCCAGGUCAGAGAAGAAGAAGAAACCUGCUGCUGCUGCUGCCGCCGCCUCCAUCACAGACCAAGCUGUAGAGCAUAGUGGACCAACAAAGCCAGAGAAAACCCAUCCAACACCCAGGCGUGGAGCACAUGUUGAAGGGAAUGCUAGAACUGUAUCUCCUACUCAGACGGUGCAGACUCGAAAGCAGCUGCAAGAUGCUCUACCGAAGAUCCCUCCUCUCAGCUCGUUCAAGAAUUGCAGGUCAAGGUUUAUGACCUUUGAGGAGGCUGAGCAGGACUUCCAGAGCUUCAUUACCACAGGGUUGGGGAGAACAGUGGAGGUCAUCAGAGAGUUCAGAGGUCGAGAGGACGAUAGCCCCAGUAAUCAGAACGGGCAUAGAGAGUCUGUCACACUUAAUGACGACGGAGCUCAAAAUUUAACACGGAGUAGAGAACAGUGGAAAGCUAACUUUUCACCUCCAAGGUCAGUUUCUAGUUCUUCAAGCUCCCAAUUGGACACGGAGGAGAAGCAGCAGGAUAAUGAGACAGUGGGAAGUUCAAAUCACACCAGAGGAAGAGAAUGCAGAGCAGUGAUGCAAUCUCAGACUGAUGCUAGAAACACACCAACUGUGCCCGGACCAAAAUCAAAUCCCAAAGCUUAUCCUACUUCUGCGCCCAAAAUAUAUCACCAGACAACUGGUGCAUCAAAUUGGAGAGCUUUGUCUCAGCCUGAGAGCUAUGAUCCGACGCGUGGUACAGAUUCAAACAGGGAAACCAAUCAGGCCGCUCCGCCACAGACUGGCAGAAAUGAAUCAAGAAAGAUGAAAGAAGAGAUUAGGAAACGGAGCAAAAAGUGCUCAGAAAAGAUGGAUAGAGAGAGAAAGAGGGACAGGAACGAAGGAGAACAAGAUGAAGAAGGAGAGGAGGAGGAGGAGGAGUGCAGCGCUGAAAUUUACUGGAGAGCCUGCUACAGAGCCUGGAAUGAUUACUACGCCUCCAUGUCUCCUUUUCAAGAACAAGGCUACCAAAGCUACUACAGCGUAGCUCACAACUGGAUGGCAGCUUAUCGUAUGAAUGCUGUCUACAUGGAAGAACUCCUGAAACACUGACUUGUCUGUAUCUAAUUAGAAAUCCUGCUGAACAAUCUGUUUGUGCACAAUGUGUGCAUCAAGCCAGAACUUCUCCUGCAAAAAUAGAUUGGGACAGCAGGAUUUAGGUACAAAUUUUUGCUUUUCUGGUCUAACACACAGUACUUGAGUGUUCAUUUUCUGUGUGUACUUUUCAACAAAGUCAUACCAUGUACUGUACAUCACUUAUUUUUCUAAUAAAUUACCAGU